AUGGCCCCAAAAGUUAAAGCUCAAGAAAACAUCAACUCAAAAUUAGCCUUGGUUAUCAAAUCAGGUAAAUAUACCUUAGGUUACAAAUCCGUUGUCAAAUCUUUAAGACAAGGUAAAGCUAAAUUGGUUAUCAUUGCUGCCAACACCCCAGUCUUGAGAAAAUCAGAAUUGGAAUACUAUGCUAUGUUGUCAAAAACCAAUGUCCACUACUUCCACGGUGGUAACAAUGAAUUAGGUACUGCUUGUGGUAAAUUAUUCAGAGUUGGUGUUUUAUCUAUCUUAGAUGCUGGUGAUUCUGAUAUCUUGGCCUCAAUCCAAGCUUAG